UGUAGUGUACGUACAUACCAAAGUACGUCUGUGCAUUCCACAAAUUUACAGAGAACUGUCUGUCAGCUGUCUUAGAUAAUAGAUUUAUCAUUUAUAUACUAUUUAUUAAGUAUUUUGGUGGGCAAUGAGUAUAUUUUAAGCAAAUAUUUUUCAAUUUAUGGGCUGAUAAUAGAAUUUCAAUGAGUUAUAUAAAAUGUUGUCCCUACUAAGCUUUAAGAACAUAAUAUCUUCCAGGUUUUCCUUUGGACUUUGUAUAAAUAGUUCGAGACUCCUUUCAGGUAAAUUUAGCGAAUUUAAAUCAAUAGACGAUAGAUAUAAAGGCUUAACAGUUGAUUCAAAUGAUAUUAUGGGCAAUAAACAUGACUUCAUCCUUAACUUGCAAGAGUCUUUAAAAAUAUGGUCAAACAAUGGUAAAAGAUGCAUAUGGUUUAAAAUUAGGAUUAAUCAUUCUGACUUUGUUCCUGUGUUAGCACAGAAAGGUUUUAAUUUUCAUCAUGCUAGAGAUGACUUCGUGAUGAUGUAUAAAUGGCUUCCAACUGACUCUAAGCCCAAUUUACCACCACCAUGUCAUACAAACCUUGGUGUUGGAGCACUGGUUUUAAAUAACAUACAGCAGUUAUUAGCAGUAUCUGAAAAGCAUUAUAAUUAUCCACAUUGGAAAUUACCUGGUGGAUAUGUUGAAAGAGGAGAAGAUAUUAAAGAUGCAGCAAUCAGAGAAGUCAAAGAGGAAACUGGUAUCAAUUGUGAUUUUGAAUCAAUAAUUACAUUCCGGCAUACACAUGACAUGAUGUAUGGCAACUCAGAUAUAUAUAUACUUUUUAUGAUGAAAGCAGUUUCAGAGAAAAUUAUUUUAUCACAAAGAGAGGUCAAGGAUUGUAAGUGGAUGGCCAUUGAUGAAUAUACAAACCACCCUCACGUUCAUAAUUUCAAUAGAUUGAUAGUAAAGGAAGCUUUAAAAUAUAGAGAAAACAACUUUAAACUAGAUUUGCAAAAGAAAACUGUUACAUGGCCAACAGCUACGCGAGAAAUGAACUUUUUAGUCGCAGUUGGUUAUGAAUCCAAGUGACUAUAACAUGUACAGUACAAUGUAUAUUUUUUUAAUAAAUUUAUUUUCUUUCA